AUGCUCCGAAGGAACGGCCAAAGGGUUCUGGCGGCGGCGAUGAUGAUCUGCGUGGCUUGCUGGCUCGCUCAACUUGGGCCAGUAGCAGGGCUUUGCGACCGGCGAGAAGGCCCAGGUCAGUUCGCUCAGCAGGCUAUGCAGCAAGACCUCCCGACCCUCAGCGAACGAGGCGAGGCUUUCGAGGGCGAUCACUGGUCGCUGCUGGAGUUGCUACUCUGGACGAGCGAUCCAAUCGACAGCGCCCGCCCACAAGUUCCUGGCGAUGGAAAACACAAGCUGGCACCUUCUAUCGCCUCGCAGCGCAGCAGCUGGCGUUUGGGUCCGUCGGCGGUGGCUACCAAUGUUGGAGCUCCUCCGCGCAGCAAGAGCCCACAAGAGCCCACAAGCGCGGCAUACGACGGCAAAGGCAAGCCCGCUGCUUGGCUCCUGCGACGGCUAGCCGUGGUGGAUCUUUCAGCGAAGGACGGGACGAUCAGCACCAGUGCCAUGCAGCUAAAAUCUGGGGCCACGCUUCCUUCGAGCUGCCACUUCAAUCUAUCCGGCGGCCUAAGGCUGGAAGCGCGACAGCUCGCUGCUCCAUGA